AAAUAAAAUUUAUUCCCAUAUCGUAAGAUUUAUUAGUGAUAAUGCGUAGCUGUAUAUCUGCGCUAAGUAUUCAAGCCAUUUUAUAAUUUAGCCACAUUUAUAAGCCUGCUUUAAAGACCUGACUAUUAUUUUGCGUUGCUUGCUAGCACUGUCUGCUCUUGUGUUUGCUGGCUGGCCAGGUGAUCAGCGCGCUGCGGACUAUCACAUGCGGUAGUAGGGAUUUUUGGUACUGAUUGGCCGACGUUCCCUGACAGGAGGAGGCCCUCACAGCAACCUGGGAUAAUUAAAAAGCAAGAACAUACUGCAGAUAAAGUGAGAUUGGUACGGUAAUUAUCGCUAGUGCUGUAUUAUUUCUGACCCACUUUCAUCGGUUUAUUUACCUAGGCUAGCUGUACAACCUCGCAAGCAAACACAUUAUUGUCAGCGAGGUUUUGACGGAUUUCCACACUGGGGAAGGAUAACCGUGGCGUGAGGUAGGCUAGACUGGCGUUACUGUUGCACCAUCUCGUUUGACAGUUGAGCGGCUCUGUGAUUGUUGUGAAUGGAUUUCUACAAAUCGCAUGAUUAAGGGACACGAUAUAAAACACUCUGAUACCGGUUGUUCUAAAUUUUAAGAUGAACAUCGUAAGGUGACAUCCCAUGAUGCUUCAUUACACAUUUUAGGAUACAAAAUUGGUGUCGAUUGUUACCGUAGUUGUUACUGUAAGCACAACUACAAUGCCAUCUGCAGCUAGAGUCGAGUCGAUGCGAAACAUGGUUACCUCGGCGAGGGCGAGCACUCAGGACGUCAUUGGGGAACCGGAAGAUUCGUUCCUGCAGCAGGCGUACACUCCUUAUAUUAUUGGCUUUGCCUGUGCGAUUUUUGCCAUUGCAUCAGCUAUUUUGAUAUAUUGCCUAUGCAAAUCUUGGAGAGCUAAGCAUCCAAAGGACGAAGAACAGCGAAUAUGUAUGCCCCAAAUCAAACCCCACACGCACAGCGGGGCCCCUGUCCAGCCCCCUCAACAACCUUAUUCAUACGAUGCAGUUUCAAAGAGGAGUGACCCAAUAAGAAUCAGGAAUAUUCAAGAACGGAGGAGGUCGGACACUUCUUCAACGACAUCAUUAACGAUAGAUGUUGUAGUUCCAUCAGGAACAAGAACUUUCACUGUAUCACCACCAAGAGAAAGUGCUGGUGCAGAAUAUCUUCAAUCAGCAGGCAACAGAAUGAAUCGCAAACAACUUAGGCAAUCAUUGAAAAAUAUACGCGCAUUGCAUGAAGAAUUCUGGAAUAUACCAAUGAAUCAUCCAGAAAGUAUAGAAGUACCGGGAUCUGCUGCCAAGAAUCGUUAUAGGACAAUAUUGCCAAACCCAGAGACAAUGGUUUCCCUACCCCCAAUUCCAGGUGAUCCUCUAUCUGACUACAUCAAUGCAAAUUUUGUCAGGGGUUAUGAAGGCGAAGAUAAUGCGUUUAUUGCCACGCAGGGCGCCAUGACUCACACUAUUGACGACUUCUGGAGACUCGUCUGGCAUACAACUGCGCCAACAGUUGUCAUGGUAACCAAAGUGAAGGAACGAGAAAGGAGUAAAUGUGAGAGAUACUGGCCACAAAAGAGAGGUGUUUACGAAGGAAUCGAAGUGACAGUUCAGGAUACCAUUCGAAAAGAUGAUUAUAUUCUGAUAAUUUUUCAUUUGAAGUACAUGAAUGAAGUACGGACUUUAAUGCAUUAUCGGUAUACAAGCUGGCCAGACAACAAGGCGCCUGACAAUCCAAUAACGUUAUUAAAGAUGAUAAGAGAGGUUGAGAUGAGUCGAAAUGACCCGAGUUUACCGAAAGGACCGGUUAUUGUCCAUUGCAGUGCUGGUCUUGGUAGGACAGGCUGCUACAUUGCCAUCAGUAUAGGAAUGAAACAGUUACAGGAAGAACAGAUGGUCGAUGUACUUGGAAUUGUGUGUCAAAUGAGGCAGGAUAGGGGAGGAAUGAUUCAGACCAACGAACAAUAUGAAUUUGUCCACCAGGCGUUGUGUUUGUACGAGAAGAGUUUACCUGCGCUACCAGAAUGAUUAGAAUCUUGAAUGAUUCCUCCUAAAUCUCUUACUGCAAUGAAAAAAAAAACCCUUUCAGGAAGCAAUGAUUGAUAUUUAAUGCAUUAUAAUGUUUAUUUACAUAUUUACCUCAAUUUUUGCAGCCAGACCUUUUCAACAAUCCAAACAUUAUUUGGAAGAAAAAUUAGUAAUUUUUGAAGAGCAAUUUUUAACCGUGGUUUCAUGGUUUAGAAUUUGAGUGAAUUCAUAACAGUGAUUAAGACAGAUAAUUUCAUUUUACUCGUAUUCUGUCAUCGUAUUUGCUGAGGAUCAUUCGUGAUGAAUUGUGACAAAAUUUCUGGUUUUGAGGCAGCAUAAGUACUUUGUAGGCAGCUGGGAGAUUGUGUUGCGCUUCAUUUGUUUUGUGUAUUUUUUAAAAGAGGAUCACAACAAUCAACUGUAAUAUUACUGUACCGGAACAAAAGGUAUGAGUUCAAACUCGAAGCCGUUACAAUGAUCGUUGUUAACAAGAAACCUGAGCGCUGUGGACAAUAUGAGAUGAGAUUGCACCAACAAAUGUGAUUCAGAUUGAAAUAUCAACCUGCAAAAAAAAACACAAAAAAAAAAAAACUGAAAUAUAUAAAACCAGACAAGCAAAAGUUAGUGAUAUUCACAACUGAUGUUCAGGGGGAGUAGAGAAAGUCGCUGGAAGAGUCCAUACUCCAAGUUAUCUGUAUGCCACAAAGUCUGUUUGGGUAGAAUUAAGAAAAGCGCCUCAAAGUCGAUGUAUACCUCCAUGUUAUGCGUUUAUUUAAACUCUUAUUCUUUCUAUUUAUCUAAUACAUCAUUCUCAAAAAAUUGAAUAUAUAUAUAUUAUAUAUAAAUCAUUAUCUGUUACAAUGUUUUAGUUUAAUAUGUAUUCCUUAUUCUUUAAUUAUAUGGUUAUUUUUAUUAUUUUAUUUCAUCACCUGUGUCAUAUCACGCAACGUGAUCAUUCCACUAGCAAUCAUGAAUACCAAUAGAAUACCAGAUCAACUAUUGGCAUGGAAUACAGAGAAUCAAGUAGCUGAAUCCGUGUUGUGAUUUAACUGUACUUUUAGAAUGUUACUACUUUACUUUUGUUUUUGUUUCUAAUUGAGAAAAUAGGUUGAUGAUUGAAGUUUUAUGUGCAAUAAUAAUAAUAUACAAAGGAAAUCAAACGGCUCUCAUUCCGUAUAACACUGAUAUAUUCCAAGUAGUUGCGUGAUAUUUAUUGUGACUGGCUCUGGUAAAA